AUGUCUGACGGUCUUAACGAUGCCCGUGCUAUGCGCGUUGCCGAGAUCAUGACCGACUUUCGCAAUUUACAACACUACCUCGUCCAAUUACGCGCCACACCUACCGCAGAAGAGUAUUACCUCGAAGGUUACUCCCUACUUCGACAGUGCACCAGCGAGGCACAGGCUAUCCUUCAGACACCUUUCUCUGGCAGUGCCAGUACGGGUUCAGGAGACCCGGAGUCCGAGAAGCAGCAACUGAAAGCAAUCAUCACAGACGCAGCUGUACGACGCUUCCAAUGCCAACGCGCUUACCUGCGAGCUCAUGCUGGCUUGCGAUGGAUGAACAGCCGCAACAGUGUUUUGCGUGGUCAGAAGCCCAAUGCUAGUCAUUUGGGUGCACUUCAGCAGGCUGAUGCCACAAUGAGGAAUGAACUCCUUGCAAUUAGCGAUGCGUACGUCGAGAAUACUUUGCGCGCUGCAGACGCCGCCCAAGGCAAGUGGCUGAACGAGGAUCCUUCGCUGGCGCAGAUCCAACAGAUACUCAUGUCCCGACGAUGA